AUGAAGAAUCGAUUUAAUACAUAUGAUAUUAUGUGCAUGAUCACAGAACUGCAAAGAUUGAUUGGUAUGCGAGUAAACCAAGUGUAUGACAUAGACAACAAGACUUAUGUGAUUCGACUGCAACGGUCCGAGGAAAAGAGUGUGCUGCUUCUGGAGUCUGGCAACCGGUUUCACACCACACAAUUUGAAUGGCCCAAGAAUUCUGCGCCCUCAGGGUUUACUAUGAAGCUCCGCAAACAUCUCAAAAACAAGCGUUUAGAGAAACUGUCACAGCUGGGCAUAGAUCGUAUUGUCGACCUGCAGUUUGGCAGCGGAGAGGCAGCAUAUCAUGUUAUACUGGAAUUAUAUGACAGAGGAAACAUUGUACUCACUGAUUAUGAGUGGACCAUACUCAAUGUGCUCCGACCGCAUGUCGAAGGUGAUAAAAUAAGGUUUGCAGUUAAAGAGAAAUAUCCUCUAGACCGAGCGAAAACCAGCUAUCAGGCGCCAUCGCCAGAAGAACUACAGAAAAUACUAACGAACUGCAAACCUGGAGACAACCUCAAGAAAAUAUUGAAUCCGAAUUUAGAAUAUGGUGCAGCAAUUAUUGACCACGUCCUAUUAGAAAAUGGUCUGGCCGGCAACAUGAAGGUAAAUAAAGAAGCUGGUAAAGGCUUCCAGGUGGAGCAGGAUCUUGAGAAGUUGGUGAAGGCACUGCAGCAGGCGGAACAGUUGCUAGAUACUGCUAAAAGUGUGAUUGCCAAGGGUUACAUUAUCCAGAAGAAAGAAGAGCGGCCUAACCCCUCCGGUCAAGAGAGCGAAUACCUCUUCACCAACAUUGAGUUCCAUCCACAAAUCUUUGCUCAGCACCAGAGUCUGCCACAUGCAGAAUACGAGACCUUCGAUAGAGCCGUGGACGAGUUCUUCUCCACUCUUGAAGGCCAAAAGAUAGAUUUAAAGACAGUGCAAAUAGAACGCGAAGCUAUGAAGAAACUCCAGAACGUUCGCAAUGACCACGAGAAACGAGUCACAGAACUGGUACAAGUACAGGCCGUGGACAAGCACGCCGCUGAGCUCAUCUCCAGGAAUGAAACCCUCGUUGAGCAGGCCAGGGUGGCAGUGCAAACGGCUAUUGCUAACCAGAUGGGAUGGGAGGACAUAAAACUCCUCGUAAAAUCAGCUCAAGACAACAACGAUCCUAUCGCCAGCUGUAUAAAAGAGCUGAAGCUGAAAACCAAUCACAUCACACUGGAGCUCUCGGACCCUUACGACGAGGAGCUGGAGCCGUUGUGUGUGGAUAUCGACCUCUCGCUCACCGCCUUCGCUAAUGCCAGGAGAUACUAUGACCAGAAGCGGAAUGCGGCUAAGAAACAGCAGAAGACACUAGAGUCGGCCGGUAAAGCGCUGAAGAGUGCUGAACGCAAGACAAAACAGACGUUGAAGGAAGCUCACACCGUGAGCAACAUCAUCAAAGCGCGCAAGACCUACUGGUUCGAGAAGUUCUUCUGGUUUAUAUCUUCUGAUAAUUACCUGAUAAUCGCCGGUCGUGACCAGCAACAGAACGAGUUGUUAGUGAAGAGGUACCUUCGCGCCACAGACCUGUACGUGCACGCCGAGCUGUCCGGCGCCUCCUCCGUCAUCAUCAAGAACCCUGGAGGGGGAGAAGUGCCUCCCAAGACGCUCGCUGAGGCUGGACAGGCAGCCGUUGCCUACAGCGUGGCGUGGGAAGCCAAGGUGUUGACCCGCGCGUGGUGGGUGCACGCCCACCAGGUGUCCAAGUCCGCCCCCACGGGGGAGUACCUCACCACCGGUUCCUUCAUGAUUCGGGGGAAGAAGAACUACCUGCUGCCUGAACACCUGCAGUUUGGUUUCAGCUUUAUGUUCAGGCUAGAAGACAGCUGUAUCGAACGUCACAAAGGCGAGAGGAAAUCAGUCGCUCUCGAAGACAGGUCUGACGUCACAUCCUUACAAGAUCAGGAGGAAGUAGAAAUCGUUGUAUCUGAUGAUGACGAAGAUGAAAAACCAGACGAGACGAAACUAGACGUUAUUACGGAGGAGAAUACGACAGCAAUAGAAGAUUCAGGAGAAGACUUAGGAGAGGAGAAGAAGACGGAAGAAGAGAAUGAGAAGACAGAAGACGAGAAUGAGAAGACAGAAAAAGAGAAUCAGAAUGACAAAGAUGAGGAUGAUUCGGCGAGCGAAAAUGAGUCGUCGGAAGAUGACUUACCUGAUACACAUAUAAAGGUAGAUCACGGCACGGGACAUGUUACCUUGCAGAACCAGAUAUCUAGAACUAUAUCGGAGAUUUCAGACAAAAAUGAAGAACAACUCCCAUCCUUUCCGUCGUUACCAAAGAAGGGCGGCAAGAAACCUCAGAAGGAGACCAACGUUCAGAAGACUAAAGAAGAGAAGAGUGACGACAAGAAAUUAAAGCGAGGUCAGAAGGGAAAGCUAAAAAAGAUGAAGAAGUACAAAGAUCAGGAUGACGAAGACAGGGCUUUGAUGAUGCAGCUUCUGCAGGCGCCAACACCUGGAAGAGAAAAGAAAAAGGCGCAGAAGAAGGCCGCUGCACCUCAGAAGAGUAAGGGCGGUAAGGGUACUCCGAAGAUACCCCAACCUGCCCCACUCAUACUGGAGGCGGAGUCUGACGCCGAGGAGCCAGAACCAGACGCAGAGGCUGAUCAGACGGGUCCAGACGCGGACGCAGAGAUGCUGUGCCAGCUCACAGGCUGCCCCUUUGCCGAAGAUGAACUACUGUUCGCUGUGCCUAUCGUGGCUCCCUACUCCGCCUUGCAUAAUUACAAAUAUAAAGUCAAACUCACACCCGGCGGCAGUAAAAGAGGCAAAGCAGCUAAAACAGCCGUGCAAGUGUUCCUGCGAGACAAGGCCUGCUCUGGGCGCGAGAAGGACCUUCUCAAGGCGGUCAAAGAAGAGAACAUCGCUAGAAACUUCCCUGGAAAAGUCAAGUUAUCUGCCCCACAGCUGCACAAGCAUAAGAAAUAA